AUGGUCCAGAAGGCAACUAGUACUCAACACUGGAUCAGACGUGCAUUUGAAAUAUUUCCUCCCGAACUUUUUGAAAGGCUCUUUGGUGUCUUUGCAAAAUCUCAUCUAGAGUAUGGAAUGCCAGCAGCUUCACCAUGGAUGAGGAAGGAUAUCAACUUAAUCGAACAGGUACAAUGCAGAGCGACAAAGACGGUCGACUGUCUAAAGCAUUUGUCUUAUCAGGAGAGGCUGAAUUUGCUUGGCCUAUUCCCUCCCUCUUAUAGACAAAUAAACUGCAGUCUACUCAGGAUGUUCCGGAGUGUUCGCGGCCAGGGUUGCUCAUUAAGAGCAGAGGAUUUCUUUGAGUUCGUCCGUACAAACCAACUACGCGACCACGCAUACAAAGUCGGGAAUGAGCGCACGCGUUUAGAUUGACGAAAAUUUUCAUUCAGCCAGCGGGUUGUCAAGCCGUGGAACUCGCUUCCAAGCGAGAUGGUGACGGCUGACACAGUUUGUGUGUUUAAAAGAAAACUUGCUCGUCUAGUUUUCGACAGAAAUCGGAUUUUACAGCAUGACUAUGCACAGCCAGUUUUGUAAAAUCUGUCAUAUACAAUCUUCCGCACUAAUUUACAGUGACCUUAUGCACUACCUUAUGAUCACGAUGGAACUGUGACCCAAUCACAUUUUAAAUGCCUGCAAAUUUAUUUUAUUUUUGAGCACGAAUCUGCGAAAGCACUGUACAUAAAUAGGAUCAUCAAGGGCUCUGCCUUUAACCCUUCAAUAUAAACAUAUAUACAUAUACAUACAUGUUGCGAUCAUAGCCCUACUCAAGGGUAAGACCUCUAAGCGAUCAUUAGGGUGCCGAAUGGCGAGACCGCUGAUUUCUUCCUGUAUUUCACUCGACCGCAUCCCAGUGGCGACACCUAAUCAUCCAACAGCAGCAGCAGCAGCAGCAGCAGCAGCAGCAGCAGCAGCAGCAGCAGCAGCAGCAGCAGCAGCAGCAGCAGAAGUCAGUGUUUUAGUCAGAGUAAUAGUGGAAUGCUCUAGGCGCUGAGCAGAUGGACAGCAUGCGUAGGUGAAAAAAAUCUCACUUGCCUCCGUGAUCCAUUUCAAUAUGUACUGCACAAAUUGAUGUGGAGAAUUCUUUGUCAAAAGUAUUUCAAGGCAAUCAUUUCGGUGGUCUUUCGCGGUUGCGAACUCUUAAGGCUUUUUUUACUGACGCUUUACAUGCUUAGCAGGGCAUAGGCUGUGUGACUGAGGUUCUCGCAGAGUAAACAGGGAAAGCGAGUACAGUUGCCCCAGCAGACCGCUAAACUGACGCCAUCGCUUUGCACCGCAGCAGAUUGGGCGACCCUCAAGCUUCUUGAAUUUGUUUCCAAAGUGUAUGUCCGAUUCUCCUCAGCUAUGAGGUAAGUUCCACUGACAUUGAUACGGGUUUAGUGUAGUCAGCAUUUGGCACCCGCCGGUGCAGUCCCACUGUUCUCUUCGUGCUGAUUAUUAAGCCGAAUUCAAAACAGUCGAAGGCGAGGAGCUUCAAACCACGCUGCCUGUCCUCUUACUUUGUGGUGCUUAGUACGCCCUCAUUUGCAAAAAAAUUGGUCAUGAUUUUCGGCCUAGAGUACCUCCAACGAUGCUUUCAGACGACGGAUGUUGAACAGUUUUCCGACGUCCGGUAAUUGAUAUGUAUCUGCUGUCGCUCCUCGCGGUAGAUACUAUCAACAUGGUAGAGGAGACUGAGUUAAAUACUACUGGAACGAGUACGCAAACCUGCUUGACGCCAUUUGUAAUUGUGGAUGCUUCGGAGAUUGUCCUGCUGUCCACUGCGAGAGUUAUCAUUACGCCGUGAAGCUGUCUUACCAUUUGAAUAAAUCGCCCCGAAAUCAGAAUUUCUACCUGAUUCUCCAGAGUCCAUCUCGAUUUUCUGUGGCGAAGGCAUUCGCCAGAUUUGUGCCAGUCCGCGACUCCUUGCUCUCCGUCGCUUUGUCAUGCAGCCCUUCUGUUUGCCCCACGCCCCUUGUCGAUUCGCCGUUGGGACCGCGUAGGGUUUGUCUCUAUCGAGAAUCGAGUCUGCCCUUAUCAACAGCUUCACUGUCGUAGUCUUGCUGCUACAUAUUCCCGCGUCGGUGCUUACUGAGUUGCUAUCCGUGUUUGGAGAUGCUCCUGAGACGGUAUUUAUUGCGCUCAUUGCGUUUUUCUCUUUGUUUUUUUGGACUCUGACACCGAAGAAUUUCUUUUGGUCACCAAGGUUCUGCUGCAUGGUCGUCCCUAAGUCAGAAAGCCUGUUUAUAUUUUGGCUUUUUUGUUUUGGAUAUAUGCUCACCCACCACAAGGUUCAUGCGCUUGCCUCGCACUUUUCGCGGUAAUUGCGCUCCUGGCAAUAUUUGCUGGCCGUUUGCUGGAAACGUACAUAGAGCGGGCGCAGAUGCUGGACGCGAAGGACAUCUCAUUCCACUUAUCACCUAACGAAGCGCUGGCGCUGGUCGUACCAUUAUAGUUAAAUUGCUGGUACUCCAUAAAUAAAGGAAUGAGAGAAUUGGUAUAUUUUCGGUUUCGAGGUUAUAAUGGAUGUAGUGAUCAAGGACGGGAGAUCAACUUCAACCACAUACAAUAAUUUUGCUCCGUCUAGUGACAGAAGCCAGGAAGUUGUGAGAACGGGUUUAUUCUGUACACAGGGCAGGUCGCCGUAAGUCGGCUGUAUGCUUGAGGCAGAGAUAAGCGUUCGGUCUGGAGAGUGUCAGUUGCGGAGGCUUCAGCGUGUCGCUACCACCAAAAAGUGUUGUGUCCUUCUUGCCUAUGUCCUGUAUGUUCAAAAUUACGUCCCCAAGGGCGGCGUCUCGUGUGUGCACUUGUAAUCAAUCAGCUAAAGAGAUCGCAUUGAUUAGCUUCGAGAGCACGUGAGAGUAGAAGCAAAUUAUCGACCAGGAGUGUGGCAUGAACGGGAGUGCAAAUCGAGGGUUGACGAGCGCAGCCGUGACGCGCAUACAGUAGAAGGAGGGGACAGAGAAAAGGCUGCUACAUGAAUUCUUCGGAUUUUCUGUGAGGAAUAAGAAUGAGUAUUUAAACUUCAGCGAGCGACGAUUGUUUUCCUAGGCUGCAGAUAAUCACGAGUCGGCUGAUAAGUCAGUUGAACUGCGAUGAUAAUCAAAUUGUACUUGACUCGGUUUCCUGACGAAUUUCGACACUUGAAAAAAAUAAUCCAAAAAUGCACAAAGUAAUUCUGUACGCACAGUUUCAAUGCCAAUAUUAGAAAAAAUAACUGCCACGUGGUAGCCAACCCGGAGAAGUCACAGUUGGAGAACAGAAUAAUCCCGUUGUGCUCGGUCGGGAUUCUUGCCCUAUAUUUAGAGUCGCGACUACACCACACGACUUGUUCGUCACAUCCUGUCCACUGCCAUUCCCGUGUUUUCUCGGCUCCGCUGUCUCGCGCCUACAUGUCUUACCGUCCUUACGUCCUUACUAUCCUUACUGUCUUACGUCCUCCUUAUGGUCCCGAAGGCCGCCAUUGGUGACUGGCCCCCCUUCAGCGAUUACGGAGCCUUGAACAACGUUACCGCCCCGCACCGCUACCCUGUCCUGAAUUCUCAGGAUUUCGUCGGCAUCGUAUUUGGCAUAUCUGUGUUCUCGAAGUUCGAACUGGUCUGCGCCUUUUACCGAAUGCCUAUCGCUCAGAAUGACAUUUCGAAGACUACCGUCAUCAUUCCCAUAGCAUUUUUGAGUUCCUGAGCAGACCGCUUGGAAUCCUCAACGUCUCCCGGAACUUCCAGAUGUUCUUAGGCAUAGCACGUUGCGGCCUACCACUUGUCCACGCAUAUAUCAAUGACCUGCUGAUAGCUAACUCUACCGCCGAAGAAUACGUGGAUUGUCUUGCAACGGAGUUUGAUCGCCUUCAACAAUUUGGUGUUGUUCUCAACCCUUCCAAGUGCCUGUCCGGUGUGUCCUCUCUAGAAUUUCUCAGUCAUCUGGACUACUCCAACGGCAUCCAUCCUCUUGCAUUGAGCAUCGCGGCUAUACAUGAUUUUCCGCCUCCCUCUUCCGAACGUCAGCAGCAGCGAUUUAUGGACAUGGCGAAUCUAUAG